UAUCCGGAAGUACGUCACGACCACUUUCUCUGGAAGAGCUUCCGAAACAUAUAGCGGUAUUAUAUAUCAUUUCAAAAACUUCAAAACACCAUGAAUAGUUUGUCAAAAUGUAAAGUUGUAGUGUAUGUAGACCAUGUAACCAUUUAGUCAUCCCAUAUUACAGUGAACGGCUUGCUAGCUUCUUUCUGGACAUAGCUAGCUAGGCAGCUAGCAGUAGCCAUGUGCCAUGGUUGUUCUCAGAGAUGGCAUGUGUCCUGGAUUGAGUGAAGAAUUAGUUGUGGCUUUACGGGCAGCAGACAUUACAACAGGUACGUGGGUUUUGAUCAGUUUGUUCACUCUGGUGAAUCUAGCUAGUUGAUGAGGCAAUGUUUGUAUGACAAAGUAUUCAAAUACAAUAAUAAUACAAUCAUAAAGUUACAUGAUCCUUUGUUUUUUUAAAAGUGGAAGAUCUGGUGUCAUCAGAUACAGAAGACCUUGCCCAAAAAUGUUCCGUGUCCUACAAGGUAAAACAUGCAUGAAAUAAUGCAUUUCUAUAAUCAUUAUGUGAUCUUGCAGACAUUGAUUCAGCUUUGAUCUAACUUUAUUAAACGUGCACCAUGACCAUUCGCCUGAGUAGGGUUGUGACUAGAUGGAGUACAGGCACGACCGGAAGUGACGUUUCUUAGCAGGUUAGGAGAGCAUUUUAGCUAACCCUAAACCUUUUCCUAAUCUUAACCUAAUGCUCCUAACAUGCUCCGUUAGUUCUCCUAAUGCCGAGGUGUCAAACUCAUUCCAUGGAGGGCCUAGUGUGCUGGUUUUGGGGUUUUCCUUUCAAUUAAGACAACCAGGAAAGUGGAGUUCCUUACUAAUUUGUGACCUUAAUUCAUCAGUCAAGUACAAGUGAGGAUAAAAAACCAGCAGACACUCGGCCCUCUGUGGAAUGAGUUUGACCGGGUCCUAACAUGUUGCUUAAGUUCUACUAACCUGCUACGAAAAAGUUACUUCCGGUUGUAGCUGUAUUCCACCUAGUCAGAACCUCUGAGUAGCCGGUUCUCUGCACAUAGAGAAUAUACACAUGCGCAGAACGUGAUUCGCACAUGUGCAGAUGCCUCGGGAAGCUCCAGAUCUUUUAUUGCUCCAGACAAAAGAUCAUGAAAAAGUCAGAUCCGCAGCCACUCCGUUUCUAUAAUGAGACAAUGUUACAAACACUUUUGGCCACUGACUAACUUUGCAUUUCAGGGCCUGCUGGCUGUACGCAGAGUGCUCCUGGCCCAGCACACAGCAUUCCCUGUCUCAGGUGCUGAUCUAUAUGAAGACCUGCUGAGUUCAACAGCCAUCCUCUCCACAGGCAAUCCUAGGUGAUAAUCUGCACAUCACGUUGAAGGCCCUACAUCGAAACUGUCUGAGGGACUUUCUAUCAAGUGCCUGUAGUCUUGAUGAGUAUAAAAAAACUGAAGUAGUCUAGCAGGAGACAAAAAUUAUUGGGUUAAGUCUUGAGGGUCAAUAAUUAUGUGCUCGAAUCAUAUCAAAAUGCAACACUGUUAAAAGAUUGUUGCUUAUCGAAUUGAACCCUACUGAUCCCCAGAGGGAUAGGCUAGUAGUUUGUCCCAGGCUAACACAUAGUGCUACUACAUGCAGUAGUUUGGCUAAACAUGUAUACAUACACCAGAUGACACGGGAAGACCGGAUACAUACACAACAAUGUAGAUCACUGUUAUGUGACGGUAUUACAACAGACAGCAGAAGACAGAUUUCUGUUUCAAUGGGCAAUUAAGGUUGUGGGCGAUUCCAGCCUUAUGGAUGUUACAUUUGCAUGCAAAAUCUCAACUUUAAUGUCUCACAGAAUGGACAAACAAAAUAUAAAUAACACUUUUGAAAAAGUCUGAGUUUGUAAGUCUAAGGUCAAAGCGGUAUUUAUUAUAAUCCUCAGCGUUUCAUCUUUCAGAACACACCGACUCCUCUUGAUUUACAGCAUUUCCCUCACUCAAACAACAAAUGUGCAAAAGAAGCCGAAUUAGCGGGAGGGGUGGGGGCAUCUUCUAGUUACGUGCGGUGCUCAAAUUAAUAAUGGCUUUCAUUGAAAACUAUACAGUGCUGUGAAGCGGAGAACAAUUUAGUCGCUUAUUAAUGACAAAAUCUGCCAUUUUCAACCUGUAUACAGGAUGACGGGCUGUGAGUGGAAAGGGCUACCUGGUCAAAUAAAACCUGCACUCUUACAUUGAGACCUUAAGGAUAAUUAUGAAAGUGGUUUCAUUUGGAAAUAACUAACUGUAUUUUGCAUGCUCAGGUUGACUUUCCCACUGAAUAUCCCUUUUAUUAUUCUACUGGGACUUGAUGGGUUGGUUUUAGCACCUAGCAGGACAUCAUAGCCUUGGUGAAUGAUUGUGUGUUUAUUUUCCUCCAGUCUAGAUAAGCUCCUAGACUCUGGCUUGUAUACAGGAGAGCUCACAGAGUUGGCAGGAGGCCCUGGAAGCGGAAAAACCCAGGUGCCCUUUUUCCCACAAUUGUAUAUCAUGUCAUUGGCAAAGUUUACACCUUGCUUAUCAAUGUGGUUGGUUUUCGUAGAAUGACCCAAUGGAUGCUGGUAGCACUACUGUCUAGUCUAUUGAAUGCAACAUGUUUAUGCUGCCUACAUUUCCCUCUCUUUUAGGUGUGUUUUGGUGUUGCAGUGAAUAUAUCUUACCAACUGAAGCAGAGCGUGAUAUAUAUCGACUCAACAGGAGGACUGUCGGCAAGUCGCUUGCUUCAGAUGCUCCAAGCGAAGUUGUGCAAUAUGGAAGAACAGGUGAGCUGGAAGAGGCUGUGUGACAAUGAAAAUAUAGUUGAAUUAACAUAUUCAUUUUCAUCAAAUAAAUUGGCCCAGCGUCGUCUAGGGUAGGGGAGGGAAUGGCCGGCAGGGGAUGUAGCUCAGUUCGUAGAGCAUGGCGUUUGCAACGCCAGGGUUGUGGGUUCGAUUCCCACGGGGGGUAUGAAAAAAGUAAUGUAUGCACUAACUGUAAGUCGCUCUGGAUAAGAGCGUCUGCUAAAUGACUAAAAUGUAAAUGUAAAAUGUUGUGCAGAUGGAGGCUCUUCAGAGAAUCCAGGUAUUUCGAGUGUUUGACAUCUUCUCGUUACUCGGCUGUCUACAUCAUUUUCGAUGCAUUGGACUUCAGCAGGUAGGCCUUUGCUAUGGCUGUGUCCCAAAUGGCACCUUAUUUACUAGUGUACUAAUUUGGACCGGGCCAAUAAGGCUCUGGUCAAAAGUUGUGCACUAUAUAGUGAAUAGGGUGCCAUUUGGGAUGGACUGUAUGUGAUGUUGCUGAAAUAUUGAGGUAGUUUAAGAUCACUAUAAUGACACACACACAACUGAAAAUGUUAACAUAACUGAUUAUUCAUAGCGUUAUUCAAUCAUUCUUGCAUCCAUGUCUUUUACAGGCAUCUGCGGGAGGUGGCUCAGUCAAAGCUGUGAUUGUGGAUUCAGUGUCAGCAGUUAUUUCUCCCAUACUGGGAGGCAAACAAAAUGAAGGUACUAUGAUGAAGUUUCUCGUGAUAACUUAUCACAAUAACAUAUUCCCUUUUGAAAUAACAAAGUUAUAGUAUCUGAUAACACUAAGCAAUGCCAUAUAAUAUACUGUAUAAAGGACAACCAGUGGAACGUGAACUUAAUGUAAUUGAUUUAGUGAAGAGAAUGGCAUAAUUGUACUCUCUUCAAAGGGAGUCACCGUUGUGGUUUACUUGAUAUAAAAGGCAAUUUGAGCAUUUAUUGCAUUGUGUAUACUUAUAGCGCCAUAAUGACCUUUGGUGAUUGGAAUUUCUAGGCAUGUCCAUGAUGAUGCAAGUGGCAGGGCUGUUGAAGACAAUCGCCAAAGACUUCAAUGUAGCCGUUCUGGUGAGGGCAACUGAUUAACUAUUGUUUUUGGUCCUGUUCGGACAUCUACACUAUACGUGGGGGUUUAUUUAUUUAUUUGAUAUGAUAGUGAAGACGAGACAUGAAAUGUAGGAGAGAUUGAGUCAGAUUCAAACCAUGCUGACUGGUAGCCUAGGCUGUACAUGUGUAGCAGGGUCCACACAUACACAUGGAUUUUGUGUUGUAGAUAUGUAGUAGAGUAGGGGCCUGAGGGCACACAAUGUGUUGUGAAUGAUUUGUAAUGUUUUUAAAAUUGUAUGAACUUUCUUAAUUUUGCUGGACCCCAGGAAGAGUAGCUGCUGCCUUGGCAUCAGCUAAUGGGGAUCCAUAAUAAAUACAAAUACAGGCCAAAAGUAUAAGUGUGCUAUGACCUAUGAGCCUAAAUAAAUGCCAGUGAUAAGAAUCAUGUACCCUCAGGUGACAAACACUGUGACCAGAGACGGCAAUGGGCAGCUGAAAGCCGGACUGGGCCAAUCGUGGAGUCACGUACCUAGAAUUCGGAUUCUACUGCAACGGUUCGAGAGGCCGGGUUCCACUUGUUCUAGCUUACGCACUGCCACUUUGGCCAAGUCCUCAAGACAGGUAACCUAUUGAAGUGUUGACAUGGGCUUGUCCAUGUUAGUAUUCAUUCCUAGUCCAAAUAAGAUGGAAAAUGUCAUACAUAUAAGGCCCAUUAUUUUCAGCCUCAGUUCCGUGCAAUCCCAAGAAAGUGGUCUGAUGGAAAUCAAUGGUGUAAAAAUGUGAUGGUAUCCUUUCCUGCAGAAUGACAGUCCUGUUGCACUGGAGAUAUGUUCAAAAAGGACCAAACUUAAUGGAGAUUUAACCUGUUCUCUCUCUCUCAGCCUUGUCAUCUGAAAGAGGAGUUUGACUUGCAGUGCUGGGGCAGGUCUGAAGACCAGCUGUAUGGAGCAUCAGCAGAGGAAGCUGGACAACACUGAUCUCAGCUAGGCCUCAACAUCCAUGGUGGUAGGCUCAUUGGGUAUCGGAAGAAAACUGACUGAAAAGGAGAAAGGGAUAUUCAAAUCGGUUUAUUUUAAACAUUAGCACAUCAAAGGUAUUUUGUGAAUUAAAGGAUAUUUCUGACAUCAUAGAUUUGUCACCUGGUUGCACUCUGGUUUACAAAAUUAACAAACCUUAAUUUAGUGUUCCGCUUGGCCGUAAAAAAAUAAUAAUGGUGACAUUGUAUUGUGUCCUGCUAGUCCUUUUUUUUGUGCAUUUCAUGUGGAGAACAUGCAUUGUCAGAAGAAGCCCUCUCCUAGAUACUAUGACAGAUGCUACUUUCAUGAUUCGCAUCAUUGGACAUGUCCAUAUGACAUGUUUACAACAAACUACCUUUGACUUGCUAAACUACUUUUCAACUCUUACUAAUUGGUAAAAGUAUUGAUAUCUACACUACACACUCGAUCAAAGGAACCCUGUUUGAAGUGAGAAAACCUUCGCCUUGAGGUAGGUCAGCUGGACCUAACUCGUUCUGACAGUGGUUCACACAGCAUGGGCACACAAUUGCAGAAACCAAACUGAAAGACUCACUUCAAACAAGUAAUUAUGGUUUACUUCAACCAAUGCUACUCGGAUACGAAAAAGGACUGGAAACAAAAUAAAUUGAAAGAUGCUUGGAUGGAAACAUUACUCAGCCCGUAGACAGAUACUACUCCUAGCCUGACGUAGUACUGUAGUUAGGCGUAUAUCUUUCUUAAAAUCUAAAUCAUACACUGCCAUGACCAUUACAAUAUCUCAUGAUCUGGUCCUGUGUCCUUGUGGUUCUAUCAUUCAUAUGCAACAUUCAACUAAGUUUAUAUCGGUUUUAGCUUGCAUCAAGCUCGGCUGUAAAACAUGAUCAGGGUAUAAAGGUCCAUUGUUUGUGAAGCCAGCACACUUCAAAAUCGCACCAGUCUCCAGAAGGGGUGUAUUCAGCUGCUGGGGGGGGGGGGG